AUGAAAUUCACUUCGUUCGCUCUUUGUCUGGUCGCCGCAGCACUUGUUGUCGUUGUUGAAGCCGCUCCUGGAUCAGUCGGCUCCCACUUUCGCGCAAGAAUGAUCCGCGACAAGGCCCUGCUCCAAAGACGAGGCGACCCCAACAGCACAGCCUGCGAGGUUGCAAAGCAGGCUGGGUAUGAUAAAAUGACUGCUCUCAACAACUCCAUUCAGAACUACCCCGACGACAUUUCCCUAGACAAGGUGCGGGAUUUUCAGCAUGCAAUCAUCGCCGCCUAUCUUCUGAAAACCGAAGACAGCUAUAAGGAGAUCAGGGUAACCUAUAUGCUUGCCACAGAGGCUCUUGCGAGCGCUGGAGAAGAAGGGAAGCCCGUGAGUGAUGCGAUGGAUGAUAUGAUGGCAGCUGUGGAUAAGGCUGCCUCCGAGUGUAAGGCUUGA